AUGUGGAUGGUUUUGUACAUUGCUUUUUUAACUGUUCUACUUAUCCAAGCUCAUGCUCAACCAGGAUUCAUCAGCAUAGAUUGCGGAGCUGAUCCAGGUUUGAGCUAUACCGAUCCAGUAUUUGGUAUAAAUUAUGUUUCGGAUGCAAAGUUAAUAAAUACUGGUGUGAUUGGGAAUAUAUCAUCUGAAGCGAUCAUCGACACAUACAAUCAACGGCAACUCCGGAGGCUUCGAAGCUUCCCAGAAGGAAAAAGGAACUGCUACAAAAUAAAUGUCACAGGAGGCUCUAAGUAUCUCAUCCGCACUGUUUUUCUGUAUGGAAAUUAUGAUGGCCGAAAUAUGUUACCACAGUUUGAUCUUCUUCUCGGACCUAACCACUGGGAUACAGUGUUUAUAUACAAUGCAUUCAUUUACCAAUCCAAUGAGAUCAUACAUGUACCUUUACUAGAUUUCGUACAAAUCUGUCUUGUUAACACAGGCUAUGGUACACCAUUUAUAACAGCCAUAGAAUUCAGGACUUUGAAAAAUGAUACAUACGUCACUCAAUUCGGAUCGUUGGAACUUUACAAGUGGAUGCGCUGCGAUUUGGGUUCAAGAAAAGCCUACAGGUACUCGAAUGAUGUUUAUGAUCGUUUCUGGUAUGCCUUAAACUUCGGAGAAAAUUGGAAUUCACUAAAUGCUUCGAUUCCUUACUCUUUAAAUCAGAGCGAUUACCAACCGGGACCUAUUAUCAUGAGCACCGCAGUUACACCAGCAGAUGAUAGUGAUCCGUUGGUAAUAAGAUGGGGGCCACAAGAUGAAAGUGACCGAUUCUAUGUGUACAUGCACUUCAUGGAGAUUCAAGUGUUAGCCAGGAAUCAGACAAGACAAUUCAACAUCACGAGGAACGGUGAAUUAAUGGUUCCAAAUUUUUCUCCUCGAUACCUAGCCGUCGACACUUUAUAUACCUCGUCAGCCAUCAGUGGUAAAGAAAUUGAAUAUUCACUGGAGAGGACCGAAAAUUCAACCCUGCCUCCCAUCAUCAGUGCCAUUGAAAUUUACAGAGUAAUAGAUUUACAGAAACCAGAAACAUUCCAAGGAGAUGUUGAAGCGAUUACAAGAAUCAAGUCAGUUUAUGGAGUGAAAAGGGACUGGGAAGGUGAUCCAUGCUCCCCUGUAGACUACUUGUGGGAUGGUCUCAACUGCACUUAUGACAAUGAGUUCCCAAGAAUCAAAGCUUUGAAUUUAUCUUCGAGUGGAUUGUCAGGAAAGAUUGACCCUUCAAUCUCAAACCUCACCAUGUUGGAGAAGCUGGAUUUAUCUAACAAUAACUUAUAUGGUGAAGUUCCUGAUUUUCUGUCUCAUUUACAACACUUGAAGAUAUUAAACUUGGAGAAGAAUGACCUCUCCGGUUCAAUUCCCUCUGCACUUGUUGAAAAAUCACGCAAAGGUUCUCUCUCACUAAGUGUGGAUCAAAAACCAUAUCCAUGUGAAUCUGCUCAAUGCAACAAGAAGAGAAAGAAAAACACUGUUACACCCACAGUAGCCUCGACCAGUGGGGUUUUAUUUCUUCUAAUAGCCGUUGGAACAUUGUGGAUCCUUAAAAGGAAAAAAUCAAAAGAAAAAUUUACAUAUCCAGUGGCAGUAAAUCAUCUGAGUGGGAUUUCACAGAAAUCCACGGAAAAGGAUAAUUCGUUCCAGCAACGCAAAAGUCAAAUGUAUUCAUACAAUGAUGUCCUUCAAAUCACUAACAAUUUCAAUAGAAUUAUUGGUAAGGGAGGAUUUGGAACAGUUUACCUGGGCUUUAUCGAUGAGACUCCAGUUGCAGUGAAAAUGCUUUCCCCAUCAGCAGUUCAUGGUUAUCAACAAUUUCAAGCAGAGAUUAAACUUCUAAUCAGAGUUCAUCACAAAAAUUUGAUAUCCCUUAUUGGUUACUGUAACGAAGGAUCCAAUAAGGGCCUUAUAUAUGAAUACAUGGCUAAAGGGAACUUACGAGAACAUCUCUCAGGUUUGCUUUAG